ACAGACAGGUACGCGGUGAGAAAUACUAUUCUCUCUAAUAGCAAACGAGGAAAACGAAGCGGGGAGGAGAUGGGCCUGGGAUAUGAAGUACUGGCACUGCUCUUCGCAUCUCACCUCGCUGUUUCUUCCCUCCUAGUCUUCAAGUCCCUUGUCUCCCCGGUCUCACUACCGCUCUCCCCUCGCUCCUUUCCCGCCGCCUCACUCAAAAGCUACGAACCAGUCGCGACCGUCAGACUACAUUGCCCACAAUGCCACGCGCCGGCCAGUCUCGCGUGGGGUUUUCCCUCAGCUGCUGUUAUAAUUAAUGUUAAUCAAACCCACAUUUCUAGGAAGGAGCUGAGUUAUUAUCUGCCUCUCCGAUAGGAUGCCUCUUUGUUUUCACCGUGCCAUUCCCGCUGUUUCGUGAAGAAUCCUCUGUAAAGGGAAAUUUGUUCAGGCGACUGCUGUGGCCACCCUCUGCCUCCUCCGGCCUCUGCCCCUGUGAGGUCCCCGGGGGCCUGGGAGUGUCAUUGGUGGAUGACCGCAACUCUUGCCGCUGCCGCUGACAUCGCUACCAUGGUCUCCGGCAGCAGCGGCCUCGCCGCCGCCCGUCUCCUGUCGCGCAGCUUCCUCCUGCCGCAGAAUGGAAUUCGGCAUUGUUCCUAUACAGCUUCUCGGAAACAUCUCUAUGUUGAUAAAAAUACAAAGAUUAUUUGCCAGGGUUUCACUGGCAAACAGGGCACCUUUCACAGCCAGCAGGCAUUGGAAUAUGGCACCAAACUCGUUGGAGGAACCACUCCAGGGAAAGGAGGCCAGACACAUCUGGGAUUACCUGUCUUUAAUACUGUGAAGGAGGCCAAAGAACAGACAGGAGCAACGGCUUCUGUCAUUUAUGUUCCUCCGCCUUUUGCUGCUGCUGCCAUUAAUGAAGCUAUUGAGGCAGAAAUUCCCUUGGUUGUGUGUAUCACUGAAGGAAUUCCCCAGCAGGACAUGGUACGAGUCAAGCACAAACUGCUGCGCCAGGGAAAGACAAGGCUAAUUGGGCCCAACUGCCCUGGAGUCAUCAAUCCUGGAGAAUGUAAAAUUGGCAUCAUGCCUGGCCAUAUUCACAAAAAAGGAAGGAUUGGCAUUGUGUCCAGAUCUGGCACCCUGACUUAUGAAGCAGUUCACCAAACAACGCAAGUUGGAUUGGGGCAGUCUUUGUGCGUUGGCAUUGGAGGUGAUCCUUUUAAUGGAACAGAUUUUAUUGACUGCCUCGAAAUCUUUUUGAAUGAUUCUGCCACAGAAGGCAUCGUAUUGAUUGGUGAAAUUGGUGGUAAUGCAGAAGAGAAUGCUGCAGAAUUUUUGAAGCAACAUAAUUCAGGUCCAAAUUCCAAGCCUGUAGUGUCCUUCAUUGCUGGUUUAACUGCUCCUCCUGGGAGGAGAAUGGGUCAUGCCGGGGCAAUUAUUGCUGGAGGAAAAGGUGGCGCUAAAGAGAAGAUCUCUGCCCUUCAGAGUGCAGGAGUUGUGGUCAGUAUGUCUCCUGCACAGCUGGGAACCACGAUCUACAAGGAAUUUGAAAAGAGGAAGAUGCUAUGAAAGAAAAAAAAAAUUCCUAAAACUGUGGAAUGGAUCACGUAGACAUGUAACCCAGCAGCAGUUUGCUUCUGUUGUCCACUGAUUAAUCAGCCUAUGUGCCUGACACUGGUCUUGCAGUACAACUGGAAGCCAAAACAAGGUGGAAGAUGUCCUGAAUUAAGAUGUUUUCAGCUCAUUGUAUUACAGAGACAGCCAAUAAAUCUACCAUUUGAUUUCAA